AGAAACAAAAAAAAUAUCACACCCCCUCCAAAAAAAAAGCCCAAAUAAAGGGAAUAAACAACUUUAUUAAUAAUGGUGGAAACCAGGAGGAAAUUAUCAUGGACGGAGGCGGUGCUCCUGCUAUGUCUCUCUGCAUGGACGGUGGCGGUGGUUCAGGCAGAGGACCCCUACCUGUUCUUCGACUGGAAGGUGACGUACGGCAAGAUGUCCCCUUUCGGUGUCCAAAAGGACGUCAUCCUAAUCAACGGUCAACCCAUUGGCCCGAAGAUCAACUGUACAUCGAACAACAACAUUGUCGUCAACGUUUUUAAUGAGCUUGACGAGCCAUUGUUGUUCCACUGGUCGGGCAUCCAACAGAGGAAGAACUCCUGGCAAGACGGGACUCCGGGAACCAUGUGCCCCAUCAUGCCCGGAACCAACUACACCUACCGUUUCCAGGUGAAGGAUCAGAUCGGAAGCUACUUCUACUUCCCCACCACCGGCCUUCUACGCUCCGCCGGAGGCUAUGGUGCUCUCAACGUCCACAGCCGUAACCUCAUCCCUGUCCCGUUCGACUGGCCCGCUGAAGAAUACAAUGUCUUCUUGAGUGACUGGUACAAUAAGGGUCACAGGGAGCUGAAGAAGAUUCUUGAUGACGGUCAGACCAUUGCCAGGCCUAAUGGGUUGGUGAUCAAUGCCAAGCACGGGAAAGUCGGGGACAAGCUGGAGCCGAUUGCGACGAUGGAGGCCGGAAAGACGUACAGGUUCAGGGUGUGCAAUGUAGGGAUGAGAGCCUCCAUGAACUUCAGGUUCCAAGGACACGGGAUGACGUUGGUGGAGUUGGAGGGGUCCCACACAGUGCAGAACGUGUAUGAUUCGCUUGACCUCCACACCGGACAGUGCCUCUCCGUUUUGGUGACAGCUGAUCAGGAGCCCAAGGACUACUACUUUGUCGUCACCAGCAGGUUCCUUAAGCAACAGCUCUCCUCCGUCGCUGUCGUCAGCUACGCUAACGGCAAAGGUGUCCCCGCCUCCCCCGAGUUGCCACCUCCUCCUCCAGAGGACACCGAGGGCAUCGCUUGGUCCAUUAACCAGUUCAGAUCAUUCAGGUACGUACGGGUUAACAGGCAAGGAAUCUCUCAAAAUAUGAGUAAAAUAUAGACAAAGUUUACAAACAUGACUGACUUAUGUUCAUUUCUGUUUGAUUUCAAGGUGGAACCUCACUGCUAGCGCAGCUAGACCGAACCCACAGGGAUCCUAUCACUAUGGCCAGAUCAACAUCACCCGAACCUUGAAGCUUGUUAACACUAAGAGCGAGGAUGGAGGAAAGCUCCGGUUUGCGAUCAAUGGAAUCUCCCACAAGGAUGGGGAUACCCCGUUGAAGCUGGCGGAGUACUUUGAGAAUCCAGAGUCCGUGUUCAAGUACGACAUAAUGAGCGAUGACCCACCAGAGGAUCUGAGCAAGGUGACUGUGGCUCCCAAUGUGGUCAAUGCCACAUUCCGCAACUUCGUGGAGAUCAUAUUCGAGAACCACGAAAGGACCAUCCAGACCUACCACGUGAACGGGUACUCAUUCUUCGCUGUGGGGAUUGAGCCCGGGAAGUGGACCCCCGAGAAGCGGAAGAAUUACAAUCUUGUGGACGGGGUGAGCAGGCACACCAUCCAAGUGUACCCCAACUCAUGGGCCGCCAUCAUGACCACCCUCGACAAUGCCGGAAUGUGGAACGUCAGGUCAGAGAUGUGGGAGAGAUUUUACUUGGGACAACAGCUAUACUUUAGUGUCUUGUCACCGGCACGCUCCUUGAGAGAUGAGUAUAACAUUCCCGACACCCAGCUACUUUGUGGCUCAGUGAAGGGCAAGCCCAUGCCAAAACCUUACUCUAUCUAAAUUGUUGUUAUUAUACGUAGUAAUUGUGAAAUCUUUUAAAUUCUUGGAUUAAUGAAAAUAACAAUACUGUAUGGUAUUGAACAGUAUGUAGUAGGAGAGUAACAGGGGUUAGGAACAAAGGAAUUUAAUUUGCUUCAGUUCCUUGUUUAGGUCCAAACGAGAUGUAUCAUAAACCCCUUUUACCUCAUGACCAAUAUGUUUUUAUAUAAUAAAAGAGUGUAGGGCGGAAAAGAUGGAAUACUUUGUUGUAUAUUGUAUAUCUCCAUUUUUGUCUAAUUGUUAGUGUAUUUU